AUGGCCUUUGGUGGCGCCCUCCUCCGCUUCGGCCAGACCGGCCUGCGCAUCCUCGAAUUCGCAUGCGCGGCCAUCGCCCUCGGCAUCUACAGCUACUUCCUCGCGGUGCUGUCGAACCACAACAUGAGGAUCCCGACGUGGGAAAAGGCGGUCGAAGGCAUGUCGGGCGCGGCGUGCCUGUACCUGAUCUUCUGCAUCCUGCUGACCCUCUUCCUCGGCGCGAUCCGGUUCUUCGCCUUCAUCGCCAUCGUGCUCGACGUCUGCUUCGUCGGCUGCUUCGCCGCCAUCGCGUACUACACGCGCCACGGCGCCAACUCGUGCCGGGGCUUCGUCAACACCCCGCUCGGCCGGGGCAUCGACAACCAGUCCGCCCCCGGCGCCGGCGACUGGGGCUACGUGUGCAGCCUGAACACGGCCGUGUUCGCCGUGUCGCUGGUCAACGUCUUCCUCUUCCUCAUCACCGCCGUCGUGCAGUUCCUCCUCGCCCGCCACCACCAGAAGGAGAAGCGCUUCGGCCCCAGCCCCAGCAACAACUACACCAGUGGCACCGGCCGCCGACCAUUCUGGCGCCGAAACCGCAACAAGGACCUCCCCCGCGGCACUCGCGACGCCGAGAUGGCCUCCGCUGGCGCCGUCGCCGCCGACCCCACUCACACCAACAACUACCACCACGGAACGACUGUCAGACCCAGCCACGAGACCGGCAUGACGGGAUCGACCGUGAACAACGGCGGCAGUUACCCUCUCGCCACGGAGCCCAAGUACGGUCAACCCGGUUACGGCAACACUACACACGGCACGAACUAUUAG